CGAUGUUCGAUUGGGCAACAGUUUUCCAUUAACCUGCCAUGAACCAGUUAACCUUUGUCAGUUGCCUUUUGCUCUUGUCGAGCACUCAAGCAGCAUUCCAGGACUUUGUCCUAGGACCUGAGUACUAUGAAGGUGAUAGCGAAUUGGUUCCGUUUGAACAUGAAUAUCCGGAUGAGGAUAUGGGUGAGGAUACUAUGGUCUCAUUCCAAGAUGUGCAACGUGAAGGUAUUGUGGAUACCAAUCUGCUGAUGAAAGCUUUAAUGCAGCAUGCCCAUCGCUUGGGCAUGAGUUUGGAAGAGUUGGCUCACUUAAAUAUGGAAGCAGAAGAAGGAGAGUCUAUGAACCAACUGGGCUGCUCAUCUGGCCAAGAUGUCAUUGGAUACCAAGAAAAGCCCACUUGGCGGGAUGUGCUCUUUAACUAG